AUCAUACUACUAAACAGAUUCUUGUAAAGUGGCAGCAAAUUAAGAUUCCCCGAGGGAAAGCAGGUCAAAAUUCAUUUAGUGUCAAGAAACGGCAUGUAUAUUUGAAACUAAAUCCAGUGAAAUAAUUUGGUGAAUGUCUACUAAGACCGAUUGUGAUAACGUGUGAGAUCAAGCUUUGAUUCUAUAGCAUCCCGCGGGGACUCGAAGCUGCAAAAUGUUCGUGGCGAUUAAGUCCUCCUGUGUGAAUCCAAAAAACCUGUUUUGCUUUGUGUGCGGUAAGUAUACACCGUCACAUCACAAGCGCUCGAUUAUGACCAUACCCAUCAUGGAGGCGUACGAGGCAUUCUUCAGCAUCCGUACGCAAAGGGAAAAUUAUGUGCAUGGACCAGCUUCAGUUUGCAAUGACUGCAACCAGGCCUUGUUGCGACUGAAAAAUGGACAAUAUCCUCGUCCGCCGCUUCCCUUCUCUACGCCUAUGAUAUGGAAAGCACCAAGCAAUCAUACUAACGAUUGCUAUUUUUGCUUGACCAAGACGAUCGGCGAAGGGAAGAAAAAAUUUGCGCAAUAUCCAGACAGCAUCCCGUCCGCGAUGAAGCCCAUACCAUGUGAACUGGAAGUGGGGGUACCGAUGGGAGCUCAAACGAAUCUUCCGAUUACUACCAGUGCUACGGUUAGUCCUCCCACGCAGACGGUAAUCAAAAAAGCACUCAGCGCUCUUGAGUCGGUGGUGAAACUACCUGCCACAACAAACUGGUCGGUUAGUGUGAAAAAAGUUAAAUUAGAUAACGCACAACAGAAGCAAGAGAUACCAACAACGCCGUUGGUUUCACAAAAAAUCUCUAACGCCAAUAUGCCACAUUCUUUCACACCACCCGUACCCAUGAAACAGCAACAGCAUCAACUUAAGGUUAGACCGGAUAUCCAACUUAAGCAGUUUCACACACUACCGGAAAGGAUAAAAUUGCCACAGCAACCAGUGCAAAAGGCUCAAAUCAACACUGUCAACGAACGGCAACAACCAAUACGACAAACGCAACUUCAGCAGAUGAAUAUGCAACAGAUUACUACGGCAAGCAUUGCACAAAAAGAAGAUCGACCGCUGACUAAGCCAACUUUACCGGUAUAUCAGAACGAACCAAUCACGAUCGAAAUCGACGAUGACGAACCCGAAGAACGGAACAAACCAGUCGAACCAACCGUGAAAUCAGUCUUGCAAACAAGCGCCGUCCCAUGCCAACAGCAACAGCAACAGCAGCAGCACGGAACUCCAAGCUUUCGAGGCACGGCUACGCGAGUGCCAUCGACGCAGUCGUCCUCAUCAGUAUCGGCUAAUGGGGUGUCCAGUACGAGUACAAUUUCCCACAAACCGCAUCUGUUGACUCCUAGUGAUCUCGUGUCGUUAAUUCGCGAGCUCGAACUUCCUCGAGAUAAAGCUAGCCUGCUGAUCGAUCGCUUUCGACAAUGGAAUCUGUUGGAUAAUCAGUGCAUAAUGCAAUUCAACGAUAGUUCCGGUAAAAACGCUGAACACAGACGUCGUGCUCCGAAAAGUGGACUUCCACAAACGACAGCAUCGCCGUCAGCGGUGCAUUCAACAUGCCUCAACAAUCGAAAACGGCAAGGAAUGUGCUAAAACACGUUGGGUAAGGUAUUUUUAUACACGAUUAAGGCUGAGCGAAGCGCAAACUGAUUCCUAUAUCUAAAGUUAUACUAGACGUUUCUGCAAUGCGGAAAAGUAACGACUAUACUUACACUAAAAGGUGUGAUGAUCUGAUAGUAUUAUAUACUCGAUAUGUUUAAGUACAUUUCGGUUUUUUAAGUCGCGAUUGUUUCUAUAUUGUGCCAUUGAUUUCUACAAAGGCUCAAUAAGAUUUCGUACUGAAAUAAAUCA